UUUUCAAUAUGCACAAAAACGAUGUCACCCGCCCGUAAAAUGUACCAAAGGGCUAAAGAGGUUCGCUUUUGGCUGGACCUCUUGGGGCUUCCUUUUUCUAUUGCUUUUGACGUAGGUAGGAGUUUGAAACUUUGGACAACCAUUAAGACCAACUGAACGGAUACACAAACAUAAUUGAAGGCUCACUGCGCUCUUUCACUCUCUUCAAUCUAGCCUAAUUUCAAUUUAAAAGACGCCCAAAUGAGUGAUGCAGUCUGGGCAGAAAUUGAGCGCUCCGAGAGCUUCUUGGUUUGCUCCAUGUAUGAGGAGGCUGCAGCAUUAGCUUCCUCCAUAGUACAGCAAAGAGGGCACCCCAAUCUAUCCAUUGAUGAUGAUUUUAAGUUUGAGUUGUAUGAUGCGAUGGUUGCCGCUGGUAUGGUCUUGGUUCAGUCCUUGAAACAACUCUCAAGGACAUCUAUGAUUCUGAAGGAGCUCAAAACAUUAUUUGUUUCUGUUGAAGCAAUCCCUGUUCAAGUUCUUCUUACUGGGGUAUGUUUCCAAAUAUCAGAAGCUUCAACUUUAGGAGCCAGAGAAUUUCUUGAGGAUUUUCUUAGCAAGUGGAGAUACGUGGAUGAACAAUGCUAUGUCCUUGCUAGUGCAGAAAUAAAUUUGAAUUUCAUGGAAGGAAGUGAUAGCUAUUUUGUCUUGGGAAUUGAUAAGUAUGUUGAAGUUGUUGAGCUGUAUGCUGUCAUGCUUCUUGGAACAGUUUCCAAUGAUGUAGACCUUGCGAUCUCUUGGGUUGAGCAGGCUGCAUUGCCAGAGAAAAAGCGACAGGAACUUUUGAGAAGAUUAGACUCCCUAUAUUCCACAAAAGUAACAAAUUCAUCACAAGGCUCCCUGUCACAUUUGCCUUUAGCCAAACAUGAAUCUCAUUCUUCUUUGAAGAGGCCAAAUAUGCCCAAGGGGACACCAAAAGGCUCAAAGACCAGUUGCCUGCUUAAUGGAGAGAACAAUUUGAAGCAGGCAAUUUUGAAAUGGUACAGACAAAAAUAUGGCUGUCUAUGGUGGUUUCGUAAUAUCACUUUGAAGUUCAGUAAUUAUGAGCUGGUCAUAUAUAAUGGGAAAUUUUUUAUUGGCUGUCUGAUCCUUUUCACAUAUUACAUCUUUCGAAGGAAAAAAGUUUCGUUACAGAGGAUUGUUACAAUACGAGCUCUGUCUGUAAAGAAGUCUUUGGUAGACUUGUGGCAACUUGCAUUUUCUUACCAAGUAAAUCCGCUUGCUGCUAUUCAACCCUUGCCUGCUGCUAGAUGACGAGGUAGGUCGGUGAUGAAGCUUUAAUUCUCUGCCUCGCUGCUCCGGCAAAGUAACUACUACUUCAGUUACAAUCAUCUUCUGCUGAUACUUCUCACUUCUCACUUCAAACAUGAUUAUUAUUAUUAUUGGCUUUUACCUGUCAUGGUCAGAAUGCCUUAAAACAGUCAUAAAAGGAAACAAAAUAAUGGAUGGUGGCCAUGGGGCUUAUUAUCUAAUUUGAUACUUGUGUUUGAACUUUGAUGUAUUGGGAAAUAUGAGCUUUGAGGAAAGAUAUUCGAUAGCUCACUGAUUUAUUUCAAAUUUUCAUUGUUUGUUUUUCGUAAGUGUAAAAAAAGUGUCUAAAUUAAAAUUAAA